AUGACAAGUAAUCUUGGGGCUGAUAUCUUAGUAGCAUCAGAUACCGCAGAUGAGGGUAAAGUAGGUGAUUUGACAAAAGUCGCAGUACUUGACAUUGUGAGAAGACAUUUUGCACCAGAAUUCAUAAAUCGUAUCGAUGAAAUGAUUGUCUUCAACCGUCUAUCUCGUAUGGCACUUCGAGAUAUAGUGGAUAUUCGCCUUCGAGAGGUUCAACAACGAUUGGAGAACAGACAUGUCACUGUUGAUGUGGAUGAACAUGCUAAAGCAUGGGAUCAUGAAAUUGCUCGUAUUCGCGUGGUUAAAAUAAGUAGUGGUGAAGAAGAUUUAAUUGUGGAAAAGAAUCAUGAAGUAUUGGAAACAGCAAAAAAAA